AGGAUCAAUAAUUUCUCCUAUAUCUAAUAAAGUAACGUGACCAUGUCAAUGAAAACAAAUCUAUAAAUAUAAUAAAUAUAUUGAGAGAGAGACAAACAUGCAAGAAUCAGUAAAUUAACAAAGAAAGCCCGGAAGAUAAUCAUAGAUCGAUUUGUUGGCAAAUCCAGAGAGAAAAUAGGGUGGGCAAUGCUUUAAUUCGAGUGGCUGUGAAUCAUAAAGGCAGAGACUUUAUGGGUGGCGGAGCUCUUGUGGACGGUGUUCGUCGCUGGUUUCAACGCCGCCACAACACUGUCUCCUCUUCUUCAACUUCUUCUUCUUCUUCAAUUCCUCCUAAUAACUAUGUAAUAAAUGGAAACGAUAAUGCUAAUUAUAAUAAUAAUGCUAGUACUAAUACCAAUAAUAAUAAUAGUAAUUUUAAAAACAACAAUAGUAUCAGUGGCCAACCACAAUCAUCGGAUACCGGUGAGCGUGAAAGGCGAGGAAAGGAAGGGGGAGAAAAUCAGCAGGAGGAAAAUCAGUUUAUGUUUAUAGAGGAUUUUGAUUUCUCUGGAUUAAAGGGUAUUAGAGUUCCCAAGCGCAAUACCCUUUUCGCUUUUGGUUCUGCAGCUGGCAUGGAUCAACAUAAGAAGGGUUCAGCUGAAGCAGACUUCUUCACUGAAUAUGGAGAGGCAAAUCGGUACCAAGUACAAGAAGUGAUUGGGAAAGGAAGCUAUGGUGUUGUUGGCUCAGCAAUUGAUGCUCACACUGGAGAAAGGGUUGCAAUCAAGAAGAUUAAUGAUGUUUUUGAGCAUGUUUCUGAUGCCACUCGUAUUUUAAGAGAAAUUAAGCUACUUCGGUUGCUUAGGCAUCCUGACAUUGUUGAAAUAAAGCAUAUCAUGCUUCCUCCUUCACGUAGAGAAUUCAGAGAUAUCUAUGUUGUUUUUGAGCUGAUGGAAUCUGACCUUCACCAAGUAAUCAAGGCAAAUGAUGAUCUUACUCCUGAGCAUUAUCAAUUUUUCUUGUACCAGCUUCUUCGUGGUCUGAAAUAUAUACAUACAGCUAAUGUAUUUCAUCGAGAUUUAAAGCCAAAAAACAUUCUUGCUAACGCCGAUUGCAAAUUGAAGAUUUGUGAUUUUGGGCUUGCUCGAGUAUCUUUUAAUGAUGCCCCAUCAGCUAUUUUUUGGACUGACUAUGUAGCAACUAGGUGGUAUCGUGCUCCUGAGCUUUGUGGCUCUUUUUUCUCCAAAUACACUCCUGCAAUCGAUAUAUGGAGCAUAGGAUGCAUAUUUGCUGAAAUGCUUACAGGAAAACCUUUGUUUCCUGGGAAGAAUGUGGUGCAUCAAUUAGAUCUGAUGACUGAUUUGCUUGGAACUCCUCCACCAGAAUCUAUUGCAAGAAUUCGGAAUGAAAAGGCAAGGAGGUAUCUUAGUAGCAUGAGGAAAAAACCACCAGUUCCAUUCACACAGAAGUUCCCUAAUGCAGAUCCACUGGCUCUGAGCCUACUGGAGCGCCUGCUUGCAUUUGAUCCCAAAGAUCGUCCAACAGCUGAAGAGGCAUUAGCUGAUACUUAUUUUCAAGGUUUGUCAAAUGUCGAACGCGAGCCAUCCACUCAACCUAUUUCAAAGCUGGAGUUUGAGUUUGAGAGGAGGAAAUUGGCAAAAGAUGAUGUAAGAGAACUGAUCUACAGAGAGAUAUUAGAAUAUCAUCCUCAGAUGCUACAAGAAUACCUUCGAGGUGGAGAGCAGACAAGCUUUAUGUACCCAAGUGGUGUUGAUCGGUUCAAGCGGCAAUUUGCACAUCUUGAGGAGCAUUAUGGUAAAGGCGAGAGAAGCACUCCUCUCCUAAGGCAGCAUGCUUCUCUACCUAGGCAACGUGUUCCUGUUCCCAAGGAGGAGAUUGUUGAGCAAAACAAUGAUUUUGAGAGGCAAACUGGUGCAGUAACUAUACAGGCUUCCACAGGGUCAGAGCAAGCUAAUGGUUCAGAAAACACAACAGUAACACAGAAUAGCCCUUACAAACCGAACCAACGAAGCCUAUUAAAGAGUGCUAGCAUCAGUGCUUCUAAGUGUAUAGGUGUGAAACCAAUAACGGAAUCGGAGGAGACAAUUGAUGAGGUCAAUGACGAGUCUGUCAGUGACUUGUCUCAGAGGAUUGCAAACCUCAAUCCCUGACUCAUGAUGUUAUUAUAAUCACUUCUGUUGAUUUCGGAUGGGUUAACUUUGUAAUGUGCCUAUUCCCGUCCUUUAAUCAGAGACGGGGGUUCCACAAUGACCUUUGCAGAAGAUCAGGUAGAAGCUAACAGUAGACUUCAUUGGCGUGGUUAUCCUUGUCGAUGUCGCCAAGUCACAGAGAAGAGAUGCUCACUUGUUAAUAUGACUCCAUCUAUAUAUAUAUUUUUAUUUAUUAUUAUUAUUAUUACUACUACUACUAUUUGUGUUAUGGCAGAAGGUUAUCUGCAUUUUGGACAAACAGCAUACUAGUAGUAUUUUGGCCUGUUGUUUAGUAUGGUACAAUAUGAGAAAAGAAGUUUUGGCCUGAAGAGAAAUUGGCAUUGUACUUCAUUGGAUUAUAGUUAUUGUAAAUUUUGAUUAAAAUUACAAAUGAUGAAUUCAA